CACCUCUCAUCACAUUCACAAUACUCAUCACAGCUCUACACUAUCAUCACCUUAAAAGCAAAGCAAAGCAAAGCUCUCAUAUAUAUUUUCUGUUUAUCUUUUCUCGUUUAACUGUUCAGGCGAAAACUAUGGCUGAAGAGUACAAGAACGCUUCGGAGGAGUUCAAGAACGUCCCUGAACACGAGUCGACCCCAAAGGUUGCCACCACGGAGGAACCAUCUGCGACGACGGGAGAGGUUAAGGAUCGUGGACUGUUUGACUUCUUGGGGAAAAAAGAGGAAGUGAAACCUCAAGAGACGACGACACUUGAGUCAGAGUUUGAGCACAAGGCUCAGGUCUCGGAACCGCCGGCGUUUGUGGCGAAGCACGAAGAAGAGGAAGAGAGGGAGCAUAAGCCUACUCUCCUCGAGAAGCUUCACCAUAAGCACGAGGAAGAAGAAGAAGAGAACAAACCUAGUCUCCUCCAGAAGCUUCACCGAUCCAAUAGCUCUUCCUCUUCAAGCGAUGAAGAAGGAGAAGAUGGUGAGAAGAGGAAGAAGGAGAAGAAGAAGAUCGCUGAAGAAGAUGAGAAAACAAAGGAAGAUAGAAAAGGGGUAAUGGAGCAGAUCAGGGAGAAGUUUCCACACGGAACAAAGACAGAGGAUGACACUCCAGUCAUCGCCACCCUGCCGGUGAAGGAGGAAACGGUAGAGCAUCCGGAGGAGAAGAAAAGACUGAUGGAGAAGAUCAAGGAGAAGCUUCCAGGUCACAGCGAGAAACCAGAGGAUUCUCAAGUGGUCGACACGGCGGCUGCAGUACCAGUGACGGAGAAAACGGCGGAGCAUCCGGAAGAGAAGAAAGGACUGAUGGGGAAGAUCAAAGAGAAGCUCCCAGGUUAUCACGCCAAGAGCACUGAAGAGGAGGAGAAGAAGAAAGAAAAGGAGUCCGAUGAUUUAGAAGGAUGAAAUAAUAUAAUGGUGUGGGACAUUUGCUGUGUUUCUUUGAUGGUUUUCUCUUUAAUCUUUAUGAUGUUCUGUAAGAUUUGUGUUUUUCGUUGAUUUGCAUUUGCACCUUUAUAUUGUAAUUUCAUUAUCUCUUUUAUAAAGUUUGUAUUGUGUUUCUAAGUAA